CGACUCCUUCACCGGGGUGACCGGUCUGGAGCGGGCGCUCGACAUUCUGCGUUCCGGUCACUGUCGCGGAAAUCUCGCGACCUCGCCCGGGGAAAAGAACAGAAUUGCAAAUACUGAGCAACGCGCCCUGCGGGAACUCGCUGAGAUUUCCACUAUGCGAGGCGACUAUCACGGGAUGGAGCAAGUGGAGCAUCUUGGAAGCAGCCGGCC